ACCGCUUGUGCCACUCCCCAAACUGUGUGGCGGCGCACAUCAGCAUGUGCUGCCCUCCUCAUCUCAUCCUUUCCUCACUCACCAAUAUGCUGUGUCUUCUCAGUAGCUUUGCUCUCAUUGCCCUUACUAUCGCGAAGCCAUCUCCCGCAGGCUUGACGUUCGAGGUUCAGCGCAACGUUCACGCAAGACCUCGCCCUUAUCUGCGCCUCGCUUCAGCUCUCGGCCUUCAACAGCCUGUGUACUCGCACAAUUACAUCAGUUACGGUCUUUCUUUUGCUGUUGGCUCUCCUGCAAAGAUAUACCAUACUGUCCUCGACACAGGCUUGUGCCAUUGAUGUCGAUUCGACCGCCUGCUGACAUGCGUCGUCAGGCUCAUCCUUGACUUUCUUCGGUCCAAACACUAAGCAACCCUUCAUCCGUACUCGUACUACUCAACCCACGCCAGUGCUGUUUAGCGAGACCUUUGCAAGCGUGCGAUAUCACCGAUCAUGCUGGAUCGUGCUGACAUCAAUCAGGAUGGUGACGUGCACGGCACAAUGGUGUAUGACCAG